CGAUGAUGAUCGACCCGCUCUAAUAAUAUGGUUUACUGACUCUCAUAAGUACUGUUCCCGACGACCCUAACCAACCGUAACUCCCUCGGUUAGACCUUGUGCUUGAAUCCAGAGACUCCAUUGGCUUAAUCUUUCCCGUCUGAGAUUGGCUCAGUUGGUCCGUCGACAUUACCGGCCGUAAUUAUGAGCAUACCUUUGGCAAAAGCUGCGUUCUUAGGUUUGUUUCUCGGAACUUUGUUUUACGGCGUGUUCCUCACUUUGUAUUGGUUCAUGCUAUUCAUCCUACUCAAGAAAACUGGCAUUCAACGGCAAGUCCUUAUCCCAGUGGCAACCUUGCUGCUCUGCAUCGCAACGGCACGUCUAAUCGUCGAUUUUGUUCGAGGGUUAGAGGCAUUCGUAUUCCAGGUGGAUACGAUUGGUGCAAAUGCCUAUUAUUUCGACCUUGCUUCGCCGCUGAAUCUCGCAUCGAUAUCACUCUACAUCACGCAAACCAUUCUUGGUGAUGGUGCACUUAUUUGGCGAUGUUAUAUGCUCUACAGCAGAAGCCUCUUCAUUGCCGUUCCUGGUUGUAUUGUGCUGUUAGCCCUUGUGGCCAUUGCGUACUAUGUUAUCUGGUCUAUUUCUCACUUCGGUCCGCUGUUCACCGUUUCCACCACUGGUUCUGCGUGUAUCACCGCAAUCUAUGUAUUGACCAUGUUUGUCAGUGUCACCUGUACCACUUUGAUUGCCUGGCGCAUCUAUCGCACUGGAUAUUUCAUGCCAGAUGGUCUUGGUCCUUUUUUACCCGUUUUCAUCGUCAUCAUUGAGAGCGGCGCUUUAUAUACCACGAGUGUCCUUGCACUCCUUGUAACAUCCUUGGUCGGAUCCAAUGGCAAAUUUGUCAUGGUGUGUAUUAUCCCUCCUACUGUGGGGAUCACAUUUUGCCUCAUCAUCCUGCAAGUGUAUUUCCACGUAGGCUAUAGCCCCCCCACCGAACAACCUACUGAAACAAGGAGCACUAUGACCAACCUCUUUAGAGGGCCGGGUGUACUGGACGUGGGCUCCCUUGAACCAAUGACUAUGCAGAUCACGGAGGAGAUGGUGAUCGGUCAGUCUGACUUGAUGGGUAGAAAGAGUGACCAACGGGUCUAGGGGCAUAUCUUUCAAUUGUAAAUUAGUCACGUUCAAUUCAAUGUAGCCUUUCCAUCUACGAGCAGCUAGCUCGCCGACCCUGUUUUCGGAGGACGAGACAGACCGUGACAAUGGGUCAAACAUUAU